GCACGCACUCUAAGUCGGGCUGCUGCACCGUGCACACCGUGUGACAGGCUAAACGAGCGCGCGAUCGUGCCUCUUCAGGUGCUCUGGAGCCGUGCAGGAGCGUUGUUUUUGACUAUGGCCGUGCACCAUGCGCUUUUCACGUGAACAAUGUGGUGGUUUUUAUGUGGACUGGUCAUUCUCGUCGCCCCCAGGCACCACGAUGUCCAUGGAGGGGGAGUGCUGGCGUCCAAAGUCAACUCUAAGAGAGAAACCGACUACACACUUGAUGACUCAUUUUGGAUCGACGAAACACCAGCCGGGGAAGUGGAGAGGCUUCUCCGGGAAUACACCCAGAACCAAGAUCUGGUACGAAACAUCGGCUCCCAUUAUUACCAGAUCAUCUACCCGGUCCAACUACGCCAGCACAAGAAGAUGGGCAUAUCGACACGGGAGAUAGGGUCGUCUAAGGUACGCACAAAGCGGAGUUCGAGGGGUCAAGGGGAUGGUUUUGCACCUGGAAGGACUCGCCCAGCUAAAACCGGCAAGCACUUCCACAGAACCUCGCUGCUCAUCAAGGCUUUCAACCACAAGUUCCGUCUCGAUCUGGAGCUUAACACGCAACUCAUAGCACCAAAUAUCAUGCAGAAACACUUCCUUGCCAACGGCGCCGAACAAGUAUCAAAGCAGGAUAUCGAACACUGCUACUACCAUGGAACCGUUCAGGACUACCCAGGAGGCACUGCUGCCUUCCACACUUGCAACGGAGUCAGUGGAGUCAUACAUGUCGGAAAUGAAACCUUCGUCUUGCAUCCCUUCUACGGUGGAGAUCUUUCGCAGAAGCAUCCUCACGUGAUAUUUGAAGCCCGCACCAAAGCCAACAGAGGAUGCGCCAACUCCGGCAACAUGGAGUGGAGGCACAACACCCACACCGGCUUCCUGCCAACCAGGGUGCGCAGGGACGUGCGAGAGGCCACCAAAUACAUAGAAACGGCCCUGGUCAUCGACAAGGCGAUGUUCGAGAGGAGGAACGGCAGCACCAGGAUCGACGUGGUCCACGACGCCAUCCAAGUGGCCAACAUCGCCGACCUGUACUUCAGGACCUUGAACACUAGGGUGUCGGUAGUGUAUAUCGAGACGUGGCAGGGCGGCAACCAAGCUCAAAUAGAUCGUAACCAAGAUAUCGGAAAGGCCUUAACUAAUUUUAAUGACUAUACGUCGCGCAACCUCUUCAAGGUCGACAGGGACACCACGCAGCUACUGACGGGCGAGAUGUUUAUCGGUGGCGAGGCCGGCAUGGCUGUCCCUGCCACCGUUUGUACAAAUAAAGCCGUAGGGAUAAGUGUAGAUAUCAAUACGUACGAACCACACCUGGUCGCUGGUACGAUGGCCCAUAUGAUCGGCCAUAACAUCGGUAUGGCUCACGAUGACGGGAGGGAGGAGUGCUCUUGCAGGAACUGGCACGGGUGCAUCAUGGCCCAGGCCAUAGUGGGGCUGGACAACGUGCAGCCUUACGAGUUCUCCGAAUGCAGCCAGAAGGAUUACAUCGACAAGCUGAGGACUGGCAAGGCCCUGUGUCUCCUGAACAAACCCAACGAACUGAUGGUGCGUAAGAAGUGCGGUAACCGCAUCGUGGAAGACGGAGAGGACUGCGAUUGUGGCACGUUCGAGGAGUGUCCAAAGGUGGACCCAUGCUGCGACCCCUUCACCUGCAAGCUGACAACGGAGGCGGAGUGCGCCUCUGGACCCUGCUGCGAGAAUUGCAGGCUGAAGGAUAAAGGUACGGUCUGCCGUGAAUCAGCCAACGAAUGCGAUCUUCCAGAACAUUGCACAGGGGAUACCGGCGAUUGUCCCAACGACCUGUACAAGAAGAACGGCAGUCCAUGUGGUGACAACUCGGGGCACUGCUUCAACGGCUACUGCAAUACGGUUUCGCAGCAGUGUGAGAAGAUAUGGGGCUACGGUGGAAAAGCUGCGGACAACCAGUGCUUCGAACAGUUCAACUCGAAAGGAUCUAUAAACGGUCACUGCGGCAGUGACUCGAGUGGAAGGUUCAUCAAGUGCGCUCCCGAAAACCUGAAGUGCGGCUCUCUGCAGUGCCAGCUAGGCGCUCGUUCGCCGGUGAUCAAGGGACUGGAUCAGUUAUUCUCGAGAACGAUUAUAUCGAUCAAGGGUGUCGAAUACGAAUGCAAACUUGUUUACAGAACAACGACGGGAAAUGGCGAAAAAUCGGACCUUCCUCAGCAUGGACUUGUCAGAGAUGGUACGCCAUGUGGAGAUAACCUCAUAUGCCUUAACCAAACGUGCACUAGUAUUUUUCCGUAUAUCGAUCAGCUCAAGUGCCCUACUAACAACAAUAACCAAGAGUGUUCAGGGAGAGGGUUCUGUACCAACACGAACCGUUGCUAUUGUAACCCAGGAUGGACUGGAUCAGAUUGUUCUAUAGAAGAUGAAAUAGUUCCGUCCCCACCCCUUCCAACUAGACCGUCGUUGGAAAGACCUAGUACGAAUUUAUCCAGCGUCAUGAAGAAGAAAGAAACCCCCUACGGGGACAAGAACAUUGAUAACUUAAGCACCUUAUCCCUGGUAUUCAUCUUGGUAGGCGCGGUCCUCGGUGUCUUCAUUUGUUUUACUUUUAUGGCAGUUUGCUACAGGAGGACCACUGUUAGCAAAUACGAACGUGCUUACAAAAAACCCACGACCAAAAAUUACGUGCUGGCAGGAAAUCAUGCCCAAGACGGCUCUAACAAGAUGAUACAUCUAAGUGGACAGACGCUGGGCCGUGCGGAUUCCCAACGGGUUCUUUUUCGAUCAGCCAAUCAUAUGGGCCCAGGACAAGCACAACAGCAAUUUCAGGAUAUGAAAAUUCAACAACAGCUCAAAAGGAUUGGAGUGGGGGCGGCCAAGAACGACGAACAAGGAGAGGAAGAGACAGUUUCAUUCAUAGACCUCCAACACAACAACCUGAAGAUGCCUGAGAAGAAGGGAAUCCUGAAGAAGCACGAUUAUGGAAUCAUGUUAACGACCGACGGUAAGGGUAACUGGAACGAGGACGUCCAGAACGAGGAGCUGAUGAUGCAGGCGGAAGCCAACCUAGCCCAGCUGAUGAGCAACUCCGGGGCCUCGGAUGUGGAGAGGACCUUGAAGACUCUGAACGGCUACCACGAGGACAUCAUCAAGGCUCUGAGGAACGCUGCGUCGCACCGGGGAGGUACUUCGUUGCCGUCUGGUAGCACCACGGAACUCAGCGAAGAGCGAUUGAGGCGGAGCCUGGAGCAAUGUAGUGAAAACUAUGGACAGUACAAAAGUAGAUCGCGGUCUGCCAGUAGCGAGAAAAUAUGCGAACCACAGACCGUCAUAGAAGUGGAAGAUGAAGAAGAAGACGAAGUGCCGCCCUGCGGGCCCAUCCGCAUACGUAACCUCGAAGACCUGAUCCGUCAGCUCGAGCACCAUUCCCGUCACAUGAGCCCCAGCGGCUCGGAAGACAUCAGGAUGUCGGAGACGGAGGCCGAUCGCCAUUACAGGCAGGAAUCGUCGUCUGCCUGCAGCGAGAGCUCCCACCAGAGCCACAGGGACUCGCGGUUCGUGUACGGGCGUUAUCGACAACCCUCCGCCAGGAUGCCGUAUCCACCUCACCACAUUCACCCCGCCGAAGAGGAGAGCAUCUACGAAAGUGCCGACCACGACAGAGGGGAGCCUUGCGGAGAGACGCCGGAUAGUGAAAGUGAUGAAUUCAUGCAAGCGCAGCAACAGUUAGCCAGGUGGGCCAGUGAAGAUGGAAUGGGUCAGCCGGGUCCUAGUGGGAGUGUUGGUAGCGUACCUAGGGAAUAUUUCCCAUCACCUAGCAGUUCUACCAGCGAAGAGCCCCCUAGUAUCGCGAGGGCACCCGUUCCUACCCCUGGAAUACCAACUGGUCCGCCUCAUCCUGAACAUGCCACCAUCCAUCGACCUAAGAGAUAUCCCGAAUAUAAGCACUGAUAGUGGCUAAAACAGGGUGGCUCCGUAUCGUCAACGACAGCGAACCCUGGUCUCUACCAAAGAACGCGUUAUCAAGAUAAUAAAGAAUUAACAGUGGCAAACGAACAAUUUAGUGACUAUUAAAAUAACGUUUUCGAAUGACCGGCGCAGGUGCUGAUCGAUGCUUCAGAUAUACAUAUUGUUUCACGUAUUUGUAAAUAUAGCUGUACAUAAGGGAUGAUAAAUGACACAUUGACAGGACAUUCUAAAAAAACACUGUUAACUAGGUGCAUGUUCUGAAAUUUAUUAUACUUUGAAGAUGCCGCAGGUCUUAUCCUGUUGAUAUAAGGAUCUCCCGUAAGUUGUGCCGAAUCGAAACUAGCCAAACAUUUCGAAAGAUAAGAUAGUAUCAAGAAAGAUGAAAGUUAUUUUCGAUGGUGUGAUUUUUUUCAAGCAAAUCGACUACGUGUGAAACAAUAUUACGAAACGACGAACAAAUCGAUGAACAAUGAAUUGAACUCGGUUACAAUAUGCAGUAGAGGCCUUAUCAAAAAAAAAUCGAGAAUAAAGAAAAAAUUUAUAAAGAAAGAAAAAAUUUUCCGCAAAAUCUACCUAAACUACUUGAAUAAGAAAAAUCAUUAUGCUCUCCAUAGGUCCAGAUUCACCAAAUAUCCAAUUUUAUGUUCCUGUUCUGUUCUUGAUUUCUAAUUGUCCUUUCAUCGUUAUUUGCGGAAUUUUAUAAUAGGUCGAGUGUAAACAAUUAAUUAAAAAUACUCAACCACUCAUAAUCACAAUUUCAUCCAUUAAAUAAAGAUUUCAAAAUUCAACGAAAAAUAAAAAGAAUGCGUAAAGAAAAUCAAUCUCAUUGAAGAGGCAUGAGAUGCACAUCCUUUCUGGGCACUGCUUAUAUAUAAUCCGAGUUCAAUUCAACUGCUCAUUUGAUAAAGGCUAAAGAUACUGGCAAACGCUGAAAUUAUAUCAACGAAGGGUAUUUUCCUGAGAGGAACAUAUUAAUAGAUACUCUUUAAAAUGGACGAAAUUCAAGCACAGACAAUUACCUGUAAAUAACAAUGCAUCGAAAACUGUUUCUAUAUUUUCGCAACAUCGUCAGCACCCUGCCCAAUACGAACAAAGGUUAGGUGAUAAUGUUUCUAAUCGACGAAUUUAAAGGACCCGGUGUGUGUAUGACGUAAAUGGUACUCAAAAUCGCGUUUUAAAAAAAAAAUAGGAAAAUGAAGCAAAUGUGUUAAGUGUUACAGCCGUUCGUUCCGACUGACUUUUAUAGUUGUUGACAAUUAUUAACAAGAACAAAUUGACUGUGCAAAGCUGCUCAUACGCAUGCAUAAUUCUAAACCUGUAGUGUGCGAUGUUUGGGGAAUUCAGAUUUUGCCUUAGUUGUGGGCAGACUCGCUUGAGAGCUGAAUAGAAAAAAUACAGCCCUUCAAAAUGUUUUCAGUAACACACGAUCCAUCCAAGAAUACAAGAUCAUCCGUAGAAACGUACAAAUUCUUCAAUUACGAUGAUAAUAGUUCCUUAUGUGCCCAACCACAUCCAAAUUCACAUUUUUUUCGUUUUUACGAUCUUGAAUAGAUAUGAUAUAACUUAGAGCUCUUAUAAGUGACAUCUGCCCGCAUGUUAAGUCUGUGAAACACUAUGAUGCCAUUUUGAACUACAUAAAGUAGAUACAAAAUAGCGAAAAAGUGCAUUAUCCAGAAUGGAGUAUUUAGAGGAAGUAAUUUUUAUGAAUGGCAGCAUUGUGUGAGUACACUUUCAUUUGCAUUGUAUUGUAAGGUAGCUAAUACAAUUCUCUGGCCUAAGUUAGACAUGAAUUAUCAUUUCAGGUAAUUCUAUUUAUACUGCUUUGUAUAUUGACACAGCAAUAGUGGACGGUAAACCUUAAACAGGGUAUAAAUAUUAAAUCUCCGUCAAUCUAGAUGUUGAACUUUGCUCAGGUAAUUUCAAGCCAUGCUGGUGAAAGUAUGUACCUGUUUGAUAUGCCCAUCGGUCAGACUAAUUGAAUAAAUGUCACAUUCGAUACUUAUAUCUUUUAUUAUGGGUGUUAUUUUCGCAAAUAUCAUUUUUUCUCAUUAUAUGCCGAUUUAACUUUUCUCUGGUUCAUCUAACAUAAAAAUCAUAAAAAUUUCAUCAAACAUAACAGUUCCUUUUCAUCUCAGAAUCUGAUCUAAAUCUAUGGUAUCAUUAUGAUGUGUUGAAACGAAAAAAGCCAUGAAAACAUAUUCACAAAACUAAGAUAGCAUCAUAAGGGAAAAACUCGUUUUUUAACGAUAAAAAACUUAGGAAUCGAAUACUCAAUUGAAGCUCAUUUCCGACAAAUUUAAGACUGGUUUAUUUCUCUGAUUUCUAUAUAGAAAUCACUGAAAUAAGUGUGACUAAAUGGCCUUGAAAAUGGGUGGAAACGAGCAAAAAUCUAUUGAGAAAAUUAAUCCAAUACCAAGACUAACAGAGAAAAAAUUCAAUCAAAAAUAGAAUGUGAAUUUUGAUUUCGCGUGUUCAUCCAAACAUAUCUUACAAUGCAUCCGAUCACGUGUCGCAAUGGCUUAUACUAAGAACGCGAAAAAAAAAUGUACGUAUAAAUAGAGUUACAGUGAGAGUCUCGAGGGUAAUUAUUCGGAAUUUGUUGUAACAUUGAACUGUUAUAUAUUAUAUAUAUGAAGUACUCAAUUCUAUGUCCAUCCGCAUCAAGAAAAAUUUGUACAGCAAAAUUUUCAUUAUAAUCUGUUUGAAACAUAAACUGUAGUUAUUACUGAACUGAAAACGACACACAUAAAACUCGUUUUUCAUGAGAAUUGGCUCCUACGAUUAAGUGAUGAUUUACAAUAAGUGAAUCGACUUGCUUUCCCGAGAAAAUUGAUUUCCUCAAAAAAAGGUUCGGUUUGAAAUUCAGUCCAAAUUCCAUAAUUUUCCUGAACAAAUAUCGAGAGUUAUAAUAUUGUUGAUUAUUUUCUACUGCAGUACCUAUAAUAGGGUUAUUGAUAACUUAAUCGAAGGGUUGAAUCUGAUUCUCAGAAGGACUAAAACAAUUCUAAAUGCUCAUGUAGAAAGUUAAACAGAAUUUAAAAAAGACAUAUGAAUUAGUCCAGGCGUAUGUAGUGUGUAUGUGUAUAUAAUGGUGUGUGAAAACUUAUGAUACCAAAAUUUAUAGGAAAAUUGUUCAACACUACCUUCAUCCGAAAUAUAUCAGCUGUGUUUUCUCAUUUGUACGACUGAUGUUAAAAAAAAAUCCUGAUCCAUCACUCAGUUUUCACUAAGCAUUUACACUGAUUAAUUCAUGAGUUUAAGCCCUAAUCGCUGAAAAAUUCGGUAAUCCACAGGGUAGGGGGGAUGAAAAACAACAGCCGAUAUAUUUCUGUUGAUUCGGAAAAUUUUAUAGAUCUGACUUUAUUUAUAAACCAAAAUUGAAAAAAUAUUCCCACAUAAUUUAUGUUGAGAUUACAUAAAUGUCAAUUAAAGGUUAUAUGUUCAGCGAAAACCCAUCGGCUAAUAAUGAUUUCGACCCAAUAUUCAAUUAUUUAUUAUAUUGAUAUAAAUGUACCUAGUCUUCCUUGUAAUUUUGACGAUGGAAUGAGGGUCGAAAAGAAAUACACAUCAAAUUGAGUAGAGCUCAAAGUAGAGGCUAAAUUCCAUUCAAAUCUUUUUUGGGAGGUCCAGUAUUUGAUUUAAUUUUAUAUGGUUGACGAUCAGACAAUUGACAACCGAAACAUAUAUAACAUUUUAUACGAUUCCAUAAGGAAGUGGAGGGCAUUUCAGAGAAGUUGGUGUGUAUUGCUUUUCAAAUGUUUCGAUGAACCCAUUGUAAUAUACAGUUUGCCUGUUUUGCAAUUCAGAUGAAUCUUUACCAGUUUUACCACACUACUAGUCGAAAGAGUUAUAUUGCAGCACCAAAACGUUGAUUUACGCACCGGCACUUGUAAGUUUUAAUUUCGACAAUUGCUCAUUGUUACUAUUUUCUAAAAUUUUGUACUGCUCCUCGACCAUCUGGUGAAUUAGGAAGAGAAAUUUGGCUGAAGCAGGAGAGUACCGAAUUUGGAAGAUAUAGAUAAUACAAAUCUUGAGAGUAUAUAAAAAUACGUCAUUUUCUAAAGAGUCAGAUACUUGUAAAUAUAGUGUUAUGGACGAUAUACACUGCCUAAAAUAAAUUACUUAUUACCGAA